CACGGGUCAAAGCAUUUCCCUAUUUCCACCAAAAGGGCCACACAAGACCUUCCCGGCGGCAGACGAGCGUGGUCGCUCCUUCUCGGAUCUUCAUUUGGCCGCGCCCCCUUCCCUUCUGGCUCCCGUUCUUUCCUGCUUGGUGCCCAAUGACACGCGACUGAGCCUCUUGAGGCGGCGCUGAUUGGUCUUCGCGCAGUUCCAAAGGGGCGGGCCCACGAAAGGAUUUCAAUCUCCAAAUUGGCCGUCUCCAGCUCGCUGUUCGCUUUUCCCAUCUGGGCAGGUAUCGUGUGGGUUCAGGUGGCUGCGUUGGACUGCACAGGAUCUUUCAGCCGCACUAUUCUGAUCAGAAAAUGUCAUCUGUUCUUGAACCCCUCUUCGAGUACAUUGACAAACACCAGGACCUCUACGUUGAUCGGCUGGCCCAGUGGGUGGCAAUUCAGAGUGUCUCAGCAUGGCCAGAGAAGAGAGGAGAAAUCAAACGGAUGAUGGAAGUUGCAGCCAAGGAUAUUGAACGGCUGGGUGGUACGACUGAACUGAAGGAUAUUGGAAAGCAGACGCUGCCAGAUGGUUCAGAAAUUCCCCUGCCUCCAAUAAUUCUGGGCAAGCUUGGCUCAGAUCCCCGCAAGAAAACAGUUUGCGUUUACGGACAUUUGGAUGUACAACCUGCAGCUCAAGAAGAUGGAUGGGACAGUGAACCCUUUACCUUGGUCGAGAAAGAUGGAAAGCUCUAUGGCCGGGGGUCCACCGAUGACAAAGGUCCAGUCCUUGCCUGGCUGAAUGCCCUGGAGGCUUAUCAACAAACUAAACAGGAAAUACCAGUGAACGUCAAGUUCUGCUUUGAAGGUAUGGAAGAGUCUGGGUCUGAAGGACUUGAUGACUUGAUUUUUGCACAGAAAGAUGCUUUCUUCAAAGAUGUAGACUAUGUUUGUAUCUCUGAUAACUACUGGCUGGGCAAGAAGAAGCCCUGCAUCACCUACGGCCUCAGGGGUAUCUGCUACUACUUCAUAGAGGUGGAAUGCAGUGACAAGGAUCUUCACUCUGGAGUAUAUGGUGGUUCGGUACAUGAAGCUAUGACAGAUCUUAUUGCUCUGAUGGGCUCCCUAGUGGAUAAAAAAGGAAAGAUCCUCAUUCCUGGCAUUUAUGAUGCAGUGGCUUCCCUUACUGAUGAGGAGCAUCAGCUUUAUGACAAAAUUGACUUUGAUCUGGCAGAGUAUGCAAAGGAUAUAGGAGCCACACGACUGCUGCAUGGCACAAAGAAAGAUGUCUUGAUGCAUAGGUGGCGAUACCCAUCCUUAUCUCUUCAUGGAAUAGAAGGAGCUUUCUCAGGAUCAGGGGCUAAAACUGUGAUUCCACGGAAAGUGACAGGCAAAUUUUCAAUCAGACUGGUGCCAGACAUGACUCCAGAAGUUGUGUCCAAACAGGUUCAAGAUUACUUGUACAAAAAGUUUGCAGAGCUGCACAGUCCCAAUAAGUUCAAAGUAUACCUGGGCCAUGGUGGAAAACCUUGGGUGUCAGAUUUCAACCAUCCCCACUAUAUGGCUGGCAGAAGAGCUAUGCGAACAGUAUUUGGAGUGGAGCCAGACUUGACCAGAGAGGGAGGAAGCAUUCCUGUCACUCUGACCUUCCAAGAAGCAACAGGCAAAAAUGUAAUGCUGCUGCCUGUUGGGUCGGCAGAUGAUGGCGCCCAUUCUCAGAAUGAGAAACUCAACAGGUACAAUUAUAUUCAAGGUGUCAAACUGUUGGGUGCGUACCUGCAUGAAGUUGCCCAGCUGAAGGAGUGAAUUUGAAUCAUUCUUGCAAAUGAAGUUGCUCUGAGGAACGUCCAGGUCCCAAAUGUACUUUCUUGCAACCUUGAAACUGCACUAAUUUUGUUUCUAUUUCUCCUACCAGACUAAUUCACACUGAGAUGCCUAGCAAAAAAAAUUUUGAAUGCCAUAUUGAGCACUUUAUAGACACAGAUGUCUUUUUCUUUUUAAAGAGUGUACAUCAUCCCAAGCAGUACCACAUCUCCAUUCUACUUACCUAUUGUUCCAAACAGAAGAUGUGAAAGUGUUAUCUGUGGAACCCAAUUUUUCCAAAGUCUAACACAAGUGGCCACAAAUACUUCAUUACUGCCUCAUCAGCUUCUCCAUACUUGCAUAGCUUUAAAUGUUACCAGACCAGAAUCUGAGGUCAUCACUUGCCAGGAAAGAACCAUGUGCUCUUUUCACAAGUUCACACCAAAGUCAUCUUGGAAAGCUUUGAGAUGAAUUGGAUGGGGGCAGGGUUGUUGAGGCAGAUGGAUACGUUGGCAAAGGAGUUCUUCAUUUUUCCCACUGGGCUUGUGACUGCUAUUUUGCUGUGUCUCUUUAAACAUUUUGUGACGGUUACCAUCAAGAUCUGCAGAGCCUGCUAUUGUGGUAAUACUCCAGAUAAUAGUAACAAAUUGGUAUUUUUCUAAGGCAUUCUUUGUACAUGGAAAGCUGCUAAAUAAAAAAACUCUGGCUCUA